AUGGUGGCGCACGUCUCGGCAACUCAGCUGGGGAGAGCACUGUAUAUUCUUGCAGCAAUUGUCCUCAACUCGGUCAUCAUCGGGAUUGAAAGCGAGCUGACCCUUCGGGGCGAGGAGCUUCCAUGGGCAGCUGAUGUGGAAAUCGUUCUUCUUGCCAUCUAUACCAUGGAGAUCAUAUUGAGGGUGCUCGCUGGAGGGUUGAAGAUCUUCUAUGAAGGCUGGUUUCUGUUCGACCUUUGCCUGGUCUUCUUCUCCUACAUCGAACGGAUCGUUGCCAGCUUUGCCGGUGAAGCGCAGCAGCAGAUCAUGGUCUUGCGCUUGCUGCGCCUCUUUCGCCUCAUCCGCUCCUUUCGCAUGAUCAAGCAGAUUAAGCCCCUGUGGCGCCUGGUGCAUGGACUCAUGGCUUCGAUGGACACGGUGGUUUCCACGCUGAUGCUGCUCCUGCUGCUUGGUGAGAUCAUGGUUGCUACACGUUCCCUAGCCCCUGCACCGAUAAGCCCAUGGACGAACGAAGUUCUUCGCGAGCACUUCAGCUCUCUAGGCAUCGCUAUGAUCACUCUCACUCAGUUCAUUACCAUGGACUCGAUCUCCGCCGUCUACUUCCCGCUCAUCAAGCUACAGCCCGUGGUGUUCCUCUAUUUUGCCAUUCUGAUCCUCAUUGUCUCGAUCUCAGUCAUGAACCUCGUAACGGCAGCGCUGGUCGAAGGGUCCUUGGAACAUGCGAGGGCACUUCGAAGGGAGGAAGAGAAGUUAAGGAGCGCCAACGCGAAAAAUCUCCUGCCAGAGAUCCUCGCGCUUUUCGACUUAGCAGAUGCAGAUGGGAGCGGCGAGAUCGCCAUCGAGGAGAUGCGCGAGUUCGAGAAAAAGGGUCAGAUCCCAGACGACUUUUUAGAUCAAGCAUCUGUCGGCAGCAUGACGGAGUUGUUCAACGUCUUGGACGUUGACAAAUCCGGGGUGGUGACGCGCGAAGAGUUUGUGGAAGGGCUCAUGGACAUCUUGCUGCGUGAUGUGUCGAUCCCGCAAAUGCAACAGCUCAAGAUGUUGCGGCUGAUGAGGGACUCAAUGACCGAGCUAGAAGGAAGCUAG